AUGUUCUCUGGGUCCAACUCGUACUUAGGGGGCGGCAACAGUGCCCGACCCGGGCAGCCUCAGUAUGGCCAGCAGCAGCAACAGCAACAGCAGCAGCAGUUCCAGCAACCCGGAAGCUUCCAGGGCGGGCUGAUGCCUCAACCUACCGGCUUUGGAGGCAGCCCAAUGCAACCACAGUUUACAGGCUUCCCGGGUCAGCCGCAGGGCUUUGGACAGCAGCCGCAAUUGCAGCCACAGUAUACCGGUUUCCCUGGUCAACAGGCCCAGCAAUUCCAGCAGCAACAGACACCUCAGCAGGUGCCCUUUCAAACUGGCGCGCCCCCACAGCAGCAGCAGCCCCCUGCUCAACCCCAACGUCCCCAACCUACGGGCAUGACGUCGGCGCAGAUGGCUGAUUCGUUUCGAGGAAGCGGUGCUUCCUCUGUGCCACCACCUGUGCCUGCCAAGGGAGCCAAGAUCCCAAACAUUCGACUCUCGUUCAUUACGGCGCAAGAUCAGGCCAAGUUUGAACAGCUGUUCAAGUCAGCUGUGGGAAACGCGCAAGCUCUUUCAGGAGACCAGGCGCGAGACCUGCUGAUGCGAUCUAAGCUGUCGGGAGAUGCUCUCUCGCAUAUCUGGACGCUCUCAGACACCACCAAGUCAGGACAGCUUCUCUUCCCCGAAUUCGCGCUCGCCAUGUACCUGUGCAAUCUGAAGUUGACGGGAAAAGACCUCCCCAACUCGUUGCCUGAACGCGUCAAGAAUGAGGUAUCAAGCAUGGUGGACAUCAUCUCAUUCGGUGUCGCAGAUACGCCCUCGAGAGGCGCUACGCCGUCGAACAAUGCCCCCAAAAUCAACGAGCCUCCUUCGAUCCAGCAACCGCAACCACAGGCUUCGAACAGCCAAUUGCUGUCUACAUUGGUGUCGCAACCGACUGGAUUUGGGCAGCAGCCCAUGGGCAUGCAGCCACAACCUACAGGGUUUGGACAACAGGCAACUGGUAUGCAACCGCAGCCUACCGGCUUUGGACAAUCUCCAGGCGGUUACAAUGGGCCACGUCCGCCUAUGCCUCCUAUGCCUACAGGAUUCGGCUCCAACCUGGCACCCAACCCAACUGGCAUUGCUCCUCUUAAUGCGCAACCCACCGGAAUGCCUGGCCAAUGGGGUCUUGCAAAUACACCUGCUACCGGACUGCCGAACAUCGAGGCCUUGGCUCAAAGGAUGAUGCCCCAAACUGGCCGAGAAGGUGGUAACCAUACAACUGCCGGAUUGACUGGCAACGCGACGAUUCCCUGGGCUAUCACAAAGGGCGAGAAGAAGCUGUAUGACGAGACGUUCCGCGCUUGGGACGGCAUGGGCAAGGGUUACAUUAGCGGAGCACAGGCUCUUGAGAUCUUCGGACAGAGUGGGCUGCCCAAGUCUGACUUGGAGCGUAUUUGGACACUUGCUGACUCGGCUGAUCGCGGUCGUCUUGAUCUUGAUCAGUUUGCUGUUGCUAUGCACUUGAUCUACCGCAAGCUCAAUGGCUAUCCUGUUCCUGCUCGUCUCCCUCCUGAAUUGGUUCCACCUUCGACACGCAACAUCAAUGACUCUAUUGGUGCCAUGAAGAACUUGCUUCGUGGGGAUGCUGAAGACAGGAAGAAUUCUGGCGCUUUUCUUCAACCCCAACGCACUGGUGUCAGCUAUCUUAAGACCCACUCAUUCCGUGCUGGAAGCCCACAAGCAGGCGGCCGCAAAGACGCCACUGUUUUCCGUAACAAUGAUGACAACGUGGGUUACAAAUCAAGUGCCAGGCAUCGUAUUGGUGGCGGUGGUCGUUCACCUUCUCCUGCUCAGCCGGGAUCUCCUGCUUCAGAUCGUUCUGAUGAAAUGACCCUUGAUCAGCUUAGAAAGGCCGUCAAGGAGAAGCAGAUUCUCCUAGAUGCAAUGGAUGCCCGAGAUGAGAAUGCUGCAGACGACGAUGACGCCCUCGACCGCCGAGACCGCCGAGAGGCUGAUGAUCUCUAUCGCCGCAUUCGUAGGAUUCAGGAAGACAUCGACGCUCAUCCAAAGGCAUCUUUGAGAUCUUCCGACUCGGAUGCCGAGCGCCGCGCGCUCAAGCGUCAGCUUCAGAACUUGACUGAUCGCUUGCCUGAACUUGCGUCCAAUGUGCGUAGAACAGAGCGUGAGAUUGCGGAUGCCCAACUGGAGCUUUUCAGACUUAAGGAUGCCAAAGCGCACCCUGGAUCUGCAUCCGCAAUUGUGGGCACUGGUCCAGGCGGCGCAGUGACUGAAUCCGACCGAUUGAAGGCUCGUGCUAAGGCCAUGAUGCAAGCUCGUUCCGCUGCCUUGACUGGAAAGCCUGCGCCGGUUACCGAUGAUACUGGUGCCGCAGCAGAGCGCCUGGAGAAGGAGACUUCACGCAUCAGAGCUGAGAGGGAGAACAACGAGCGUAUGAUUCGCGAUGUUGAAGAUAGCGUCAAUGAGUACACUAGGGGACUCGAGUCAAGCCUCAAGGAAGGAGGACACGACACUACCAGCGAGCACGAACGACGCAGGUGGGAGGAAGCUCUAGGUGUUGAAGACGAGGUCAAGGACUUCAUCUUCGAUCUUCAGCGGAGCAGCCGGGCAGCACGUGUCCGUAAGGAAGACUCAUCAAGGGAUAACUACAGGUCUCGUUCAGCGGAUACUCGCCCAGCAACAUCACGCUAUGAGAGCCCUGCUGCUAAUGAUGAUCCUAUUCCUCGUCCGGCGACAUCCGCCCCUCGUACUGGAGCUGCGUACAAGACACCAGAGGAACGAGCCGCCUUUAUCAAACAACAGGCUGAACAGCGAAUGGCUGAACGUUUGGCUGCCCUAGGUAUCAAGGCUCCGGUCAAGGCUGGCGAAACACCUCAACAGCGUGCUGAACGUGAGAAGAGGGAACGCGAAGAGAAACUUCGUCAAGCUGAAGAGGAAGAUGCACGCCGUGAAGAAGAGCGUCAAAGACGUCUCAAUGAUGAAUCAGCCGCGCCACCAGUCCCAGUCAAGAGCAGUGGCAAGAAGCCAGCACCGCCGCCGCCAGCCUCACGCAAGAACAAGAACGAUGCCCCCCAGUAUGACACACAGCAAUCAGAUGCUGAGUCGGCUCUCCGUGAGCAGCAGGAGGCACAAGAAGCAGAGACAAGACGCAUGGAGGAAGAGGAGCGCAGACAAGAGAGCGAGUUGGCCAGCGAACGGGAAGCCGCUCAAGCCAGACUCCGUGCUCUUGAGCAACAGGUCCAGCAGGGCAAAUUGAAGAAGGCUGAAGAGAAGAAACGUAGAGAAGCUGCUUCCAAAGACGCCAAGGAGAAAGAAGCACGAUUGGCAGCACAGCGUGCCGAGAUCGAGGCUGCUCGUGAACGCGAACGCCAGCUGCAAUUGCAGCUGGAGGCACUUGACGAUGAUCAGUCCUCGGAUGACGAAGGUCCACAAAACAUCACUCCUCAGGAUACCACGCCUACCGCAAGCCAGGAGUUGCCGCGCGAAUCUCAGCCUCCGCAGCCACCACCAAUGCCACAGGCUUCCCACAACACCCCGCCAUCGUCUAUUGCUAGCCCGCCUGCGUCAUCUGUGACCAGCCCGCAUCCUGGCAUGGGCGACACUGAGACCAAGAACCCAUUCUUGAAGAAGAUGGCCAUGUCCAACCAGGAGAACAACAAUGCCGCUACUCCGCCUGGCCCGACUAGCACUACAAGCGAAGUGUCUACUAACCCCUUCCACCGCUUGACUCAAGAGAAUGCCAACAAGUCUACUAUUCCUACCUUCAACGAGCCAGCUGCACCCUCAGCCCGCAGGCUAGGACGACAAGAUGAUGAUGACUGGUCUGUAGUCGACUCUGACGACUCCUCAUCCGACGAUGACGAAGCACCCACGCAAGGUGGAGCCAAGCAGCUGGCCUCCAUCCUUUUCGGCACCAUGGCGCCCCCACGCCCUCUGUCUUCGAUGGACAACAAGAGCCCUCGCGCUGAGAGCCCGGCCGUAGGAUCAUCUCCUGCAGGUAUUCCUCCUCCUCCACCUAUGCCCUCAAGCGGUGCCCCGCCACCACCUCCUGGCCCACCACCGCCUCUGGGUGGUGCUCCUCCGCCACCACCCAUGCCUAGCAUGAGGCCCCCAGCUGGUGCACCUGACCGCGGUGCCCUGCUUGGUGAGAUUGCUGCGGGUAAGGGCUUGAGGAAGGUUGAGACUAGAGACAGAAGUACGGCUGCGACUGCUGGAAGGGUUCUGGGCUAA